AUGUGUUCCUCCACGCAGCCUCGCAGUUUGGUGAGGUCUGCGCUGGUUCUGGUCCCGGUCCUGCUGCUGGUUCUGCGUCUGGAGUGUGUUCCUGCUGCCGAGGCGCGGACUUGCCCCCCUCCUUGCGCGUGUUCUGGGGAUCUGGUGGACUGCAGUCGGAUCAACAGGGGCCAGAUUCCAGACCCGAUCCCGGAAUGGACGGUUCAACUGGACCUGAGCCAUAACAGACUGCGACGGCUCGACGGCUCUUUGUUCUCCAGACUGGAGCGUCUCCGAGAGCUGAAGCUGAACCACAACGAGCUGGACGCCAUCCCGGACCUGGGGCGUCGUGCUUCCAACCUGACGUCGCUGCUCCUAGCAAACAACCGGAUCUCCCGGGUCUCGGCGGAGCAGCUCCGGCCGUUCCUCGCCCUGCAGACGCUGGACCUCAGCUACAACAACAUGGUGGAGGUGACGGCCGCCUCCUUCCCCGUCCUGCCGCUCAAGAACCUGUUCCUCAACAACAACCGCAUCUCGUCGCUGGAGACGGACUGCUUCAACAACCUGUCCAGCUCGCUGCUGGUCCUCCGGCUCAACCGCAACCGCCUGUCGUCCAUCCCGGCCAAGAUCUUCCAGCUGCCCAACCUGCAGCACCUAGAGCUGAGCAGGAACCGCGUCCGCCGGGUGGAGGGCCUGACCUUCCACGGCCUGCACGCCCUGCGCUCGCUGCGGAUGCAGCGCAACGGCCUGAGCCGCCUGAUGGACGGCGCCUUCUGGGGCCUCGGCAGCAUGGAAGUGCUGCAGCUGGAUUACAACAACCUGACGGAGGUGAGCAAGGGCUGGCUGUACGGCCUGCUGACGCUGCAGCAGCUCCACCUCGGACACAACUCCAUCAGCAGGAUCCGACCCGAGGCCUGGGAGUUCUGCCAGAGGCUCAGCCAGCUACACCUGUCCUCCAACCAGCUGUCCCGCCUGGACGAGUCCAGCUUCGCCGGCCUCAGCCUGCUGGACCAGCUGCACGUCGGGGACAACCGGGUCAGCUUCAUCGCAGACGGAGCCUUCCGGGGCCUGUCCAGCCUGCAGACGCUCGAUCUCCACAAUAAUGAAAUCUCCUGGACCAUCGAGGACAUGAACGGGCCGUUCUCGGCGCUGGACAAGCUGAAGACGCUACUCCUUCAGGGGAACCAGAUCCGCUCGGUGACCAAGAAGUCUUUCUCCGGGCUGGAGGCGCUGCAGCACCUAGAUCUGAGCAACAACGCCAUCAUGUCCGUCCAGGCCAACGCCUUCUCCACCAUGAGGAACCUGCAGGAGCUGCGUCUCAACACCUCCAGCCUGCUGUGCGACUGCCAGCUGAAGUGGCUUCCUGUCUGGGUGGCGGAGCAGACCUUCCUGCGCUGCGUCGCCGCCAGCUGCGCCCACCCGCAGCCGCUGAAGGGCCGCAGCGUGUUCGCCGUCGGCCAGGACGAGUUCGUGUGUGACGACUUCCCCAAGCCGCAGAUCACGGUGCAGCCGGAGACCCGGUCGGCGCUGAAGGGCUCCGACGUGACGUUCGUCUGCUCGGCCGCCAGCUCCAGCGACUCGCCCAUGACCUUCGCCUGGAAGAAGGACAACGAGGUCCUGAACGACGCCGAGAUCCACAACCAGGCCCACCUGAGGGCGCCGGGGGGGCCGGGGGCGCCGGGGGGGCCGGGGGGCGAGGCCGGGGUGACGGAGUACACCACCACUCUGCGGCUGCGCAGCGUGGAGUUCUCCACCGAGGGGCGGUACCAGUGCGUCAUCUCCAACCACUUCGGCUCGUCCUACUCCGCCAAAGCCCGGCUGACCGUCAACAUGCUGCCGUCCUUCACCAAGAUGCCGAUGGACUUGAGCAUCCGCGCCGGAGCGACGGCCCGGCUGGAGUGCGCCGCCGUCGGCCAUCCGUCCCCUCAGAUCGCCUGGCAGAAAGACGGCGGCACGGAUUUCCCCGCCGCCCGCGAGCGCCGCAUGCACGUGAUGCCGGAGGACGACGUCUUCUUCAUCGUGGACGUCAAGACGGAGGACAUCGGAGUCUACAGCUGCACGGCGCAGAACACGGCCGGAGCCAUAUCUGCAAACGCCACGCUGACGGUCCUGGAGACCCCGUCCUUCCUGCGGCCCCUCAUGGAUCGCACCGUGGCCAGAGGCGAGACGGCGGUGCUCCAGUGCAUCGCCGGCGGCAGCCCCGCCCCCAGGCUGAACUGGACCAAAGACGACAGUCCGCUGGCGCUGACGGAACGCCACUUCUUCGCCGCCGCCAACCAGCUGCUCAUCAUCGUGGACGCCGCCGAGGCGGACGCCGGGAAGUACACGUGCGAGAUGUCCAACGCGCUGGGCACGGAGCGGGGCAACGUCCGCCUGGCCGUCAUCCCCAACCCCAACUGCGACUCCGGAGCGGCGGGCGGCGCCGGCGUCGGCCUGGUGAGCGGGUCGGGGCCCGACGACGACGGCUGGACCACGGUGGGGAUCGUCAUCAUCGCGGUGGUGUGCUGCGUGGUCGGCACCUCGCUGGUGUGGGUGGUCAUCAUCUACCACACCCGGCGCCGGAGCGAGGACUGCAGCGUCACCAACACAGAUGAGACCAACCUCCCCGCCGACAUCCCCAGCUACCUGUCCUCCCAGGGGACGCUGGCCGACCGGCAGGACGGGUACCUCCCCUCCGACAGCGGCAGCAGCCACCAGUACAUGGCGUCUUCGAUCAGCGGCUUCUACCUGCAGCCCCGGGACAUGAAUGGCCUGUGCCACCUGGACACAGGAAGUGAGGCGGACCUGGAGGCGGCCAUGGAUCCGCUGCUUUGCCACUAUCAGGGUCCGUUUGGCUCGCUGCUCCGCCGGGAUAACGUCUGCUGCACUGACCCAUCCGACGCAUUCACAGGUUACUCCAUGGACCAGAACCCGCUCUGCACCGACUCCAAGAGGAGGGACUACUUCCUGUCAGAGCACUUCGACCUCUGCUCCUCCACCGUUCUGAUGCAGCUGCCCAACGCCGGCCUGCUCCCCGGCUCGUCCCAGCAGCCGCCCGACCGCCGCCCGUCCGCCGGGGACACAGAAGCAGGGGACUCUGGGAAACCUCCCGAAUGUCUGUCCUCGCGCAGCACGUUCCUGGGGACGUUUGGGAAAGCUCCCUGGAGGCCCCAGCAGGACCGCCACCCUCAGUUCAGACGCCCGUCGCUGACGAACGCCGGGAUAACGCUGCACGAGGAUCCGUACGCCGCUCCGGACGCCGACACCGACCCGGAGGACGGCGGCACCGACGGGGACUCGACGUCGGAACACGGCAGCAGCGUCUACGAACAGCCGUUUGACAACAGUCGGACUGAUUCCGUCUCACAGUGCCGGACGAGCACCUAGCGGAGGGACUGAGAGGACGACCAAAAAAAACAUUUCUACCUCAUGAAUGGAGAGUUUUGCAAUAAAGGACUCUUGGAAGUGAAUGUAGCGACAAGUUGAUGUUCCUGCCGAGACAAAAAGAACAUUUCAGCAGCUAUUCUCUGAGGAAGCAGACCCAAUGAAACCAUAGAGAUAAAUAUAAGCAUUUUUAUACAAAUUUUAUUAUAUUUUGUAAAUUGUAUAUAAACAGAUUUCAAUAUUUUUGCUUACAUUUUGUGUAUAAAAGGAAAAAAACUCCUGCCCUGCCUCUUCAGUUAUUCCAGCUUUGAAUGAAGCGACGUUUUGCACAUGUGGAAACAAUAAAAACAUUGAAAAACCA